ACGUUCGACUCAUCUCACAAUCCUGUGCCUGCCCGAAGAAGAUUCACAUACUUCCGUUUUACAAUUUCCUCAAAUUUUGUAGAAACAUGUGCGGAGUAAUUACAGUUAAAAUAUUAAUUCUAUGUCUGGUGCUCGAUGCAGUCUGCGCUUAUCAAAGAAGACCAUGGAACGCUGAAAAUACAGAAAGACCAGGACCCAACGUGUGUGCCGUAGAAGUGAACGACGAUAUAAAUUACACUUAUUACACCGAGAGCCAGCAGUGGAAUCCGCGAAAAAUUUGCGGCAAGCAAACAUUUGUCAGAUACGAAUGCUGCGCAGGAUAUUACAGGGUCGCUGGUCAUCCCGGUUGCACGGGAGUGAAGCCGUUAAUUAAUCUGAUAGAAACAGCACGACGUGCGGGUGCAAUGAAAUUUGCAAAACUGAUCGAAAACUCGAAUUUUGCGGAAGAAUUGAGGGGUGGCUCUCCGUUGACGCUAUUUGUUCCUUCUGACGUUGCUUUUGAUAAUUACCUGAGAGUAAAGGGUAUUCAACCAGAAUGGCUGCACGACGGCAACAGGUACAUAAAUUUAAUUGCAAAUCACAUAACGAAUAAACGGGUGCUAUCGAGUCAAUGGCAAGAAAACUUAUUGAUCCCAUCGAGACUACAGGGAAACGUUCUGAGGGUUAAUAAAUUUCCCAGUGGGAUGGAAACAGUAAAUUGUCAUCGGAUUAUUCGCAAGGAUCAAAUUGCCUGCAAUGGAGUUGUACACGUAAUUGACGGUGUAUUGGAUCUUGCAUUGGCACAGAAUUCGGACAUAAUUCAACUUGCUGCGAGGGACGGUAGAUUCCAGAUAUUUAUGAAGGCCCUUGAAAACAGCGAAUUCGCGCACAGGAUUAGGUACAACGAAAUGCCCUGCACGAUUUUUGCACCCACGGAUGAUGCUUUUCACGGCAUUCCUCGGGGACAAUUGAAUGACAUGCUCGCAAACCGAGAUGCAUUAAAUGCAAUGAUUGCUCAUCAUAUUGUUACCCAUCCUGUCUGUAUGUCUAACGUUAUUUCGGAGUACCAUGCACCCACCAUGCAGCAGCAGUUGCUCACACUAAAUUGUGGUCCACAUGGACCAAUCGUGGAUCAUGCAAAUCUAAGAAAUGAGAUGUACCAUGGAGAAAAUGGAAUGUUGUAUAUUCUCGAUCGUGUAUUGCUUCCGGAUCGAGCCAAAUCGAUUAUGGAUUUGAUGAAAGAAGAAGGGGUGUUUACGUUCCUGAAGAUAAUCAGAACAGCUGAGUUGGAAGAAACGUUGAGACAUUUGAAACGUCUUACAAUAUUCGCUCCAUCAGAAGCAGCGAUGUAUUCUCUCUCGAAACACCAGCUUGUAGAGCUGCAGAGGAAUAAGGAAAGUGCUAGGAGAUUCGUUUUCAAUCACAUAGUUCAGGGAGCGUAUUUCACGUACGAAAUUAGUAACAAUCAAGUAGCCAGAACUCUUGAAACGGAGAUUCCUUUACGCUUUCAAGUAUACCCAGGAAACUUUGGAAUAGAGAAUGCUUUGAUUGUAAAAGCCGACAGAGAAUGCACCAACGGCGUUUUACAUAUUAUAAACCAUGUUUUACAUCCCGCCGAGGAAUCUUUAGAUAAUAUUUUAAGAAGAGAUGGUAAUUUCAGCAUUUGGUUGGAUGCAAUGGAAAGAAUAAAAAAAGUCCAGCCGCAAAUAUAUGAUCAAUUUAAACACCCAAAUUCUUCGUGCACGUACUUUAUACCUUCUGACCAGGCAUUCAAACGGCUGGGGAACGUGAAACUUCAGAAAUUGUUGCAAGAUAAUAACUACUUAUCGAAGGUGAUGAAAAAUCACAUCGUGGAUAAUAUGAUGAUUUCCGAAAGCUUCAGACCGGACCUUCAAUAUACCUUGAAGACUAAAGGAGACAUGGUAUACGUUGUACGAAAAGACAACAAAGUAUUGGUGGACGACGCAACUCUCGUGAAGUGCGAUAUUUUAAAUAAAGCUGGAGUGGCUCACGAAAUAAACUCGGUACUGCUGCCUGAACAUUGCUCGCGGUACAGAAAAACAUUUAAUGGAAUGGGAAAAAAACUAUGCUAAUUAAAAUAAAUCACAAAUAUGAAUAUUUAAUGUUAUUUUAACUUUUUAUGAGUU